AUUGGUCACUACCAGAAAGGCAUCGGCAGCCCAGCCAGCGAAGUGAAGAAAGAGAGAAAUAGAGAAUAGGAAAAGAAGAAACCCUCAUCUCUUCUCUUUCUCUUCCAUUCUGAGACACAAAUAGAAAAUAGGAUCCUUAAUAUUAACCUUACACCUAUCUCUAUCUAUCUAUCUAUUUCCCUAACUAACUUUCUAUUCCCGCCACAACACUUUUCAUCUCACAAUUUUCCCAAUUCAUUUUUCCUUUUCCUACCUUAUACCCCAAUUUUCCGUUCUAUCCAUUUUGUUUCAACCAUGGACGAGUUUGGUGUUUUGACCGAACGAUAUGGAUUGAAACCCCAAGGUAAAUCAGCUCCAAUGGCUUCCAUAAAGCGAUCCACACCCACACCUCCCACCAAUUCUCACUUCCAAUCCCAAAACGGAUCCAGAUCUCCUCAACAUUCAACUUUCGAUUUUGAUUUCGGCGUUAAACCACAGCACUCAGGGGGUUUUGGCGAUGCCAUUGACGAUAUCUUCGGUGGAAACACCAAAUCAAAGGUCGGCUAUGGAGUUUCGUUUGACGAUGAUCCGAUAUUCGGAUCGGUUUCAACAUCUUCUUCGUCGUCUCAAGUUUAUGUAGAUGAUAUAUUCGGUGGAGUCAAUCAAAAAACUGUCGGUGUUGAUGAUUUAUUAAAUAACAUUGGUGGAUUGCAUGCAACAAACUCUAAAAGUUCGAUUAAAAAAUCGCAUGAUUUUGGUGACUUCAUGUCUGGCUUUGGUGGAAGCAGCGUUUCCAAUAAUGGGAAAGCUAGCAUUGAGAAGAAUAAUCCUCGGAAACCAACUGCCACACCCCAUGAUGAUCCAUUUUUAGUAUUUGAAACUUCUUCAAGCACAGCAUCUUCAGAAUCAUUCCUGGACUCAUUAGAGCAAAUCACUAAGAAUAGUUCGAAACAUACAAGUGGCAGCUCAAGCACCUCCCCAUUAUUGAGGCCUCCUCCCAAGCCAGUGAAUGCUUCAAACUCAAUUAACAACUCAAGUUUAUCAUCAUCAAUAGACGAGCUUGAGAACUUUGCCAAGGGCCGAGUGCAGAGUAAUCCUAGUAGAAAGGCAAAUACCAACACCGGUGAGAUUAAGCAAAACUCAGCAGCUAAGCCAGUCAAAGAUAGAGGAGCUCCAGCUGCAAGAGUGAAUCAAUUAAAUGGUGCAGAUGAUCUUGAAUCCUUUUUCAGCAUGGGCUCUCGAUCAAGCAGUGCACCGAAGUCAAGGACUACACCUGUGGAUCCCAUGUUUGAUCGCCAAGUAAACAGUAAAGUAAAACAUGAAGGGUCACAAAGAGGACCAUCAGGAUCCCCAGCCAAUCCGAAGAAACCUUCUUUCACGUCAUCUUUUGACGACUUGUCAUUGAUUUUUGGCGCUUCCCAGUCAUCUGAAUUCGAGGAAGUGGAAGGUGAAACUGAAGAAAGAAGAAAAGCGAGAUUGGGACGUCAUCAGAGAACACAAGAGAGAGCGUUGAAAGCAGUGGCUGAUAUGAACCAGCGGGACCUUCAAUCUAAGCUGGAGCAAGAAGAGAGACGACGAAUAGCCGAUACUGUGGAUGUUCAGAUAAAGAGGUGGGCUGCAGGGAAAGAGGGAAAUAUGCGGGCCUUGCUGUCAUCAUUGCAAAAUGUUCUUUCGCCAGAUUAUGGGUGGCAACCAGUGUCUCUGACGGAUAUGAUCACUUCAGCUUCGGUAAAAAAAGUGUAUAGGAAAGCGACAUUAUGUAUUCACCCAGAUAAAGUCCAACAGAAAGGUGCUAGUCUUGAACAGAAAUAUACCGCAGAGAAGGUUUUUGACAUCCUUAAGGAAGCUUGGACCAAGUUCAAUGCGGAAGAGCUUCGGUAGAUCCAUCUCUUGAGGUUUUCACGAGUCAAUGGAUCAACGACUUGCAUGGUUACGGUUUGGGGCUUUUUACUUGCCUAGCUGAUGUUUGAUAUAUCGUUUUUGUGCAGUCGAAGGUUAUCACUCUACAUAUAUGUUACAUGGUGUCAUUUGGCUGCAGAUUCUUUGUCCUACUGAUAUUGAAUGCUCUAGUGUAAGUUAUUAUAUAUCAUAAGUCCGUGCCUAAAAUCCAGUCGGCUUGCUCAAAUUGUGAAGGCAAAGACUUGUAUAUUUAGUUUUUUUUUUUUUUUACGGGGUAUAUUUACAUUAUUAGAUCAGAUAUAUGCAAAGUUGCAUACGUAAUUUGUUUGAUUGUUGAUAUUUAAUUUGAGAGAUUAUGUUAUUUUGUAAAUAUAAUUUGUGUCUUGGACUCUAAUUUCUUA